AUGCAGGAUAUAGAGGUGACAAGUUUCGAGGAAGACGAGGGAAUGCUCGUGCAGCGCGAGGAUAGUGGUGCUACCGGCGGGGGUGAACGACAUAUCCAGAUCCACCCUCUUGUUAUUGUAAACAUUACGGAUCACCAUGCGCGGCAGAAGUGUUAUUCACAAUUGAGCCAAUCAGGGGCGCUGCAAGUCAUCGGCGCACUGUUUGGCAUCCAGAGAGGCCUAGACGUCGACGUAUACGACUCGUUCGAGAUGAAAGUUGAUGUCGAUAAUGGAGAAAUCCAAAUUGAUAAAGAGUUUCUCACCUCGCGGAUCCAACAGUUUUCGCAGGUCUUCCCAGGCUUUGAGCUGCUCGGUUGGUAUACGAUAGGUGACAAGGCUCUUUCAAUUGAUUUGGCGGUGCAUCGAGUGGUUAUGGAGUUUAAUGAGAGUCCGUUAUUCAUGAUUCUUAAUCCAAAUAUUCUAGGAUCUAAUACGAAGAAAAAACUACCAAUCUCACUAUUUGAAUCGGAGCUGCACAUGCUUAACGGUGUGCCGAAGAUGAUUUUUGUCAAGGCCCCGUUUAAAAUCGAGACAUCGGAAACGGAGGGCAUUGCCAUCGAUCACAUUUCAAAGAUUGCGCCGAUUGCUGAUGGCAGCAAGUCAUCAUUACAUCCAUAUCUGGGCAAUGUCCGGGACGCCGUGAAAAUGCUAGAUCGACAAGUUGACGGCUUACUGCGCUUUCUUUAUGCCAUGAAAAAUGGCGAAGCGCCGCUGGACCAUAACCUUUUGCGUCAUAUCUCGAGUAUCUGCAAUCAGCUGCCAGCUAUGAAGUCGAAGCGAUUCGACGCAGCUUUUGCGCAAGAGUACAAUGACGCACUUCUGGUCUCGUACCUGGCCACACUUACCAAAGGAGCUGCAAACGCUAAUACCGUCGUUGAUCGAUUCGCAACGACGCAAGAGCGGCACCACCAACGAGGCUCACUAUUGUGA